AAGAGGCAGUAGUCAUCAUGAUUAGACAGAGCGUACACCAGGCCCUUGCUGCACAAAUGCUACAUUCCUCAGAGCACGUCUACAGCUCAAAGUUAUGUCUCGGGAGUUCGCCGAGGACCAAUCCUCAUCCAGCGGAAGCAUGGAUUUGCAAUCAUCCCAUCACUGAGAUCAUGGACUGUUCCCAAGAUAACGGCCGAACUAUUGCGGAGAGGGAUUCCGUAACCAGCUUCGGCUAGGAAAGCGGAACUUUUCCAUCUCCUCUGCGAAAACAUGGCUGCUUCAAAUCAGGAACCCUUCGGUUUGGAUACGAUCGAGUCAUCAAUCACCCAGUUACAUGUGGUCAUUAAUACCAUGGCAUCUUCCAUGGCAGGUUUCCAGGCUAGGCUGGAGACAGUUGAAGCCAGCUCAGCGGUAUCUGGCCUUGCAUCUCAGAGACCAGCCGCAUCUACCAGUAAGCAGUCCAAUGUUUUUGGUGGGUCUGGUUCUACUCCAUCUAUUGCACCUUCUCAUUUUAUCCCAGCAAAUAUUCGUCAGGAUAUCAUCAAAGGCAAAGACGUAAAUCUAGCAUCAUUACUUAUAGCAGCACAUGAAGCCCCAGAUAACAAAACCAUUACAUGUGGGGAGGUAUCAGUGGAUGUAAGACUGGAUAGGAAACUCAGCAUAGCAGAAUUCGUCCUGGCAUUUAGCCUUUAUCGCGCCGUUAUUUGCACUGUGAGCCCGCAUAGAAGGGAAGAAUUGGACCUAUACUUGUAUAAGGUGGUAGAGUUAGGUCAAAAGUAUGGUGGAACAGCUUUCUAUGACUACCACCGUUCAUUUUCAGCCAAAGCUGCAGCCGCGCUUGCGCAAUUUCAACAUACGAUUGAUUGGUCGAACCUCAAUACUGAACUGUUCUGUUAACAUUUGCAGGGCUCAAAGCACAGUCAUGUACAGUGUGUAAUUCAUAUUCUCAUACGGCAGAAUGGUGUUCCAAUAUUAAUAACCCCACAGAAACAAAACCCAAGAGUUCCCCCGCCCCUUCAACUAGCAGAACCACGUCGGUUUUAGACAAGCUGAGUCGGCCAAUCAAAUACUUAGGCAAAUCACAAAUUUGCAAUAAUUUCAAUUAUGCGGCUUGUCAUUAUAGCCAAUGCAGGUUGUUACAUUUGUGUGCAAUAUGUUUCAGGGUCCAUCCUCUUAACACACGACCACAAAAAGGUAACAACCCCGCAUGACUAAGCAUAGUUAACAUAGAUCUCUUGAGCAUAUUAUUGGACGGCCACCCGGAGCCUGCCCGCGUCCAAUAUGUACUCAAAAGUCUAGCUGAAGGUUUUCACACAGGUCUGCUGGCCCUCCCACAGUCAAAUUAUGAGUGCAAAAUUUAUUAAUCAGCAGUCAAAGAUCCCGAGGCAAUAUCUCAGCUGGUACAGUCAGAAUUAGACAGAGGCUACAUGA